AUGGCUGACUUUGCAUCUCCAUCCUCCUCAAAAGUGUCCGUCCUGUUCGUCUGUUUAGGCAAUAUAUGCAGAUCACCAAUGGCCGAAGCAGUCUUCCGCUCCCUAAGCCACAACCUCCCACCAACGAAUCCCACCUCACCCUCCUCCUUACAACUCCCAACCCAACCACACCCCCAAAUAUCCUACAUAGACUCCGCCGGAACGCUAGCCUACCACGCUGACUCCCCACCCGACCCCCGCACCGUCUCCACCCUCUCAUCCCACAAAAUUACCAACUACAACCACAGGGCACGAAAGAUAACCGCCCAGGACUUCGAGAAGUUCGAUUAUAUCCUCGCUAUGGAUUCUCAAAAUCUGGCUGAUCUCAAGGCUUUGAAGGGUAGGGUCGAUCGGAAGAAGGGUGGGGCAGCGAGUAAGGCGAGUGUGAGGUUGUUUGGGGAGUUUGGUGGGCGAAAUGAACCAACUGAGUUGGGUGAGGAAGUGAUCGAUCCUUAUUAUGGUGCAGAUGAUGGGUUUGAGGUGUGUUUUGAGCAGGUGAGUAGAUUUUCGAAGGCUUUCUUGAGGGAAGUGGUUGAGAACGGGACGGAGAAGGAGGAGGAGGACGCUGGUGGAAGUCAGGAAGAGUUGUGA